GAAGACGACUCAUUUAAAAUAAUUCCCCUCCUUCCCAUUUGUCUCAAUCAUCCUUCCACCUUCCCUCUCUUCAUAUAUUCCUCACUUUUCCUUUCUGUACAUCAAUUCCCCAAUACCUCUUGUCCACUCUCCCAAACCUCACUAGUCGUCUCUUCUCUUCAAUCUCCAUUCCCAAUUUCCCUUUAAGCGGAUCAAGGUAUAAAUAUAUACACGCGCGCAUCAUCGUCUAAGCAAAACACGAACUGUCUUGUGGCUUCUGGUUGCUCCGAGCUAAACCAGGAUUCUUGUUCAUAGCUGCAGUUGAUUAGAGCGACGACGAUGAUGAUGAAUACAAGGUUAUCUGCAGGGGCGUGCAAGCAAGUGCAGCUCCCGAGCAUGAAUUUCGCGCAGAAGUCGUCGUUCAGGAUGGAGCCGGCACUGCCGCUGCCGCCGCCGACUUCGACGACGUCGUUCUUCCGCAGCAGGAAGAAAGAGAAGGUCGUGUUCGUGGUGGGUCCCACGGGGACAGGCAAGUCCAGGCUGGCGAUCGACCUGGCCACCCGCUUCCCCGCCGAGGUGGUCAACUGCGACAAAAUGCAAGUCUACGAGGGGCUCGAGAUCGCCACCAACAAGGUCACCGACGGCGAGUGCCGCGGCGUGCCCCACCACCUCCUCGGCGUCGUCCCCGACCCGCUCGCCGACUUCACAGCCGACGACUUCUGCCGCCACGCUUCUUUCUUAACCGAAUCCAUCCUCGCCCGCGACCGUCUCCCCAUCGUCGCCGGCGGGUCCAACUCCUUCGUCGAGGCGCUGGUCAACCACGACGUUGACUUCCGGUCCCGCUACGAGUUCUGCUUCCUCUGGGUCGACGUGGCGCUCCCGGUUCUCUACGCGUUUAUUUCCGACCGGGUCGACCGGAUGGUCAGGGCCGGGUUGGUCGAGGAGGUUCGGGCCGUGUUCGACCCGACCGAUAGGGAUUACACGCGCGGGAUCCGGCGCGCGAUCGGCGUGCCCGAAUUGGACGAGUACUUUAGAUCCGGCGGCCGCAACGCCGCCCUCCUGGAGGCGGCGAUUGAGCAGAUUAAGGAGAACACGUGUAUUCUGGCUAGCCGGCAGUUGAAGAAGAUCCAGCGGCUGAACAGCCAGUGGAACUGGAGCAUGCACCGGGUCGACGCCACGGAGGUUUUUCUUCGCCGGAGCGGGUCGGCCGAAUCAGACGAGAUCUGGGAGGAAAUUGUGUCGGGUCCCAGCACCGCGAUCGUGGAUCAGUUCCUUCACCGGGAGUUGGAUCUCGUUUCGACGGCGAUGGCGGUGGAGGAGAUCAAGGCGGCGGUGGGGAUUCCUCUGCCCGCCAUGGCGGCGGCGGGGCUGACCCGGUAGAGGGGAGCGGCGGAAAAGAUGAGAAAGGGAAAGGAGUCGAGGCGGGCCCCACAGAAUCAGGGGGGAAACAUUCACAUGCUUGUGCCACGUGGAAAGUUGAAACGGUGCGCUUGGUUAAUUGGCUUGGAGAGGAAGGAUGGAGAAUUUUUGGUACUCAUAAAUAAAUAAAAAAGAAAGAAAAGCAUAAAUGGCAAAAGUUCAAAACGCAGCGUGCGGGGAGGCGAAAGGCCAAAGGGAAAUUGGCUGACGGCGGGGCGCACGUGCGAAGGUGGCGGGGAUGCAAAAUCUGCGUCCGUACCUGUGGUACCAAUAGUGAUACAGUUGAAUCGUUUGAUUGAUAACUUUCUUUUGCGGGUACCUCUUUGUAAUUUUGCAGAUGUAUCUUGGUUUUUUUUCUCCUUUUUUACUUACUUCUGUUCAUUCUGUCUUAAGUCAAAUUAGGAAGACAGUAUUGAGAUGGUAUACAUGAUAAUACAUACAAGAAUCAAUG